AUGCCAUAAAUGCCAGAUGAACUAAUUUCUAGCUAAUUUUACAUUAGUUGCAAACCUAAAUCUUAUGGUUGUUUAUGGAAACUUAUUCGAAAAAAUAAUAAAGACAUUUUUUCUGAAUAUUUUUAGAAAUCUAGAAAUAAGUUAUAUUAAUAUAGAAAAUAAAUAUAUCAACCCAAAAACUAAUAUACAUGUUGUUUCAAUUUAACAAAAUAAUUGAAUGCUUCAUUUAUGAAAAUUAAUUAACCUAAUUACUUUACAAUGAGUAAAUCACCAAAUAAUUAUUUUAACAUAUAAGAUGCUCCUUUAUUGAAGGAAGGAGAUAAUGAUCAUAUAGAAUAUUCAGAUAGUUCAAUUGAUUCGCAUGAAGAAACAAAAGGCUUAUUACCUGUUAAUUGGAGUCGAUAUGACUGUAAUAAUGAAAUGAAUGCUCCUAAGUUAUUCAUAGAAUCAAAUAGUCUUGUAAUCGAAAAAGAAACUCAUAAAGGGAAUUCAAAAAUUAAAUAGAUGGCAACAGCUUAUUACAAGUAUAUGUUUAGGAGCUAAAAAAUAUUUUGGAACAUAUCCUCAGAAUAAUUUCUAAUUUUUUUAUAAUAUCCUUGGAUACAAAUAUCACACCACUUGAUGGAGAAUUAAAGAAGCAAAUAGAAGAGCAAAUGGGCGUGGAUUAUGGUUUGA